CACCAUUCUCCAUUUCCUUUCUCUUUUCUUCUCAUCACGCGUCAACCCCAUCCCUCUUCCCAAAAAAUACCACCUUCCCCUCUCUUCCUCUGAUUUCUCCGAACAAGUCCCCAAUUGUCGAUCCUUCCUUCAAUUGUUGUUGGUGAUUCCCGCUUUAGAGCUCAAGGCUAGAGAUCCUCUCUAGACUCACCCUUUCGGUAAAACCUCACUGCCUUUACUUUCGUUAUUUUGGGUAAAGAAGGGUUCUUUGGCUGUUUUCUGGGCAGGGUUUCUCUCGUUUCUCGUCUUUCGUACGAGGAUUGUUGGUGGGUUAUGCGUUUGGCCGUUUGGAUAUCCGAUUCAGUUGUUCUAGAUCGUUCUGGUCAACCGGGUUGUUAUAAUUUCCCUCUUCGGGGUUCUUGCUUUGCUUAGUUGAUCAUUUGCUCUGAUUGAUGGGUUCAGUGGAGGUUAGUUCUGGCUUUGAUUGAACACACCUGGUGCUGCUAAUUAUGGCUAAUGAUGCGGCAGCUUGUGCCGAGAGGGCGACUAGUGAUAUGCUGAUUGGUCCUGAUUGGGCUAUCAACAUUGAGCUUUGUGAUAUCAUUAACAUGGAUCCUAGGCAAACAAAAGAUGCAUUGAAAGUACUGAAAAAGAAGCUAGGCCACAAAAAUCCAAAAAUUCAAACGCUCUCUCUUUUUGCACUGGAGACUCUUACCAAGAACUGUGGUGAGAAUGUGUUUCAACUGAUAAUUGAGCGUGAUAUCUUGAAUGAUAUGGUUAAGAUUGUGAAGAAGAAGCCAGAUUUGCAUGUUAGAGAAAAGAUACUUACUCUGAUAGACGCAUGGCAAGAAGCACUUGGGGGGCCAACGGCCCGGUACCCUCAGUACUAUUCUGCAUAUAAUGGACUAAGGGCUGCUGGGAUUCAAUUCCCACCCAGGGAAGAAAAUAGUGUGCCACUGUUCACUCCUCCCCAAACACAGUCAAUAGCACCUCCACCUGUUGCGUAUGAAGAUGCUGCAAUUCAGGCAUCUCUCGAGGCUGAUGAUUCUGGUCUUAGCUUACCCGAGAUUGAAAAUGCUCGUGGCGUAGCCGAAGUAUUAAUGGAAAUGCUUAGUGCCUUGGACCCUAAGAACCCUGAGGGUUUGAAGCAAGAAUUGAUCGUUGAUCUCAUUGAUCAGUGUCGUUCCUAUCAUACACGAGUAAUGCUUCUUGUGAAUAACACAGCGGACGAAGAACUCCUUGCACAGGGACUGGCAUUGAAUGAUAACUUGCAGCGCGUCAUUAGCCGCCAUGAUGAUAUUGCCAAUGGAACUGCUGCUCAAGUUGGAUCUCAAAAGACAGAAGCCCCAUUGGUGCCACUUGUUAAUGUUAACCACGAAGAUGAUGACUCAGAUGAUGAUUUCUCCCAGUUGGCUCAUAGAUCAUCGAGGGAGAACUCGCAUGGACAAGGCCGGAAGCCAGCCAGUGUCAGGACGCCGCCACGUGGUGCCACUCCAUUCCUCGCUCCACCACCUUCAUCGAAGAAGCCGGUGAGCUCAGAGGCUGCCGCGGUUGACUAUCUCAGCGGAGACCUGUAUAAAUCUGAAAGAGGAUCAUCCCUCGACGACACAUUAGAACCACCACCUUUCUCUGUGCCAGCUCAUCUCAGACCGCGCUCCUCCUCCCCUCCAUAUUCCCCUACGUCAUCUCCUCCACGGCCUCCACCUCCUCCGCCUUUUCUAAAUUCCACACCUCCCAUGUUUGCCGGAAAGCCCAUAUUUGACGAGCCAGCUCCGCGGAGCAAAUCUCCUGAGCAGCUACCUCCAGCUCCAUGGGAAACACCAUCUACUGUAAGUCUUCCACCCCCACCCGCCAGGCAUAAUCAGAGACAGCAAUUUUUUGAUCAAGCUGGUGGAAGUAGCGGUUCUGGUUCGUCUUAUGACAGCUUAGUUGGUCAAGCUCAGAACUUGUCUCUGAAUUCGUCUACUACACCGAAGAAGGAUGCGAAGCCAGAGGAUGUCCUGUUUAAAGAUCUUGUUGAUUUUGCGAAAGCGAAGUCGUCGAGGCCCCCCAGCGAUAGAUCAUUUUGAGGUGUGAUGGCUUUAUUGGUACAGGUUGAGAUUACUACUUUCAUAGGCACCCGGGUUUCACCCCUUUAGUUCGUUGAGAUUGAUGUGACUUAAUAAAAAAGGCUGGUUCAAGCUUUUGGUACAUGUAUGGUGAGUAAGGUCUUGUUAGUCAUCGGGAUCUGAGGUUCAUAAUAGGUGAAGAGUAAACUGCUUGCAUGUUUACUCUUUGACUGGAUUCGUUCUAUGUAUCAUAUUCUUCUGCUCUUUGAAUCCUUUUAAUGACUUUCUAUAAACCCAUUAAGCUUUCUGUGCUCUA